AUGGAAACUAUAGUCAGAUCCGCUGAUGAAAAUGAAAAAGAGGAUCAGACGGGCAUGACUUUGUUUCCCAAACUAAAUAGUUUUGAUCUACAACGGCUUCCGAGUCUUGAGAGUCUUUGUCCUGAUGCUUCUACUUCUUUAUGGUCAGCCGCCAAAAUUAUGUUUGUGGGAGGAUGCGACAAACUGAAGACAUUGGCUUCAGUAAUUCCACAAAUAAAACAGUUGGAAAAAGAUUCAAUAGCUCAUCAUGAAGACGAAGACGAAGGUAUUUCAUCAGGAUCAUGUGGAUGUACACCUUAUUCAUGUGUCCCAAUGACCAAACCUACUUCAAGAAGAAAUAUUGUUCAAAUAUUGCCACGUCCAGUCAAUCAAGAGGUCGCACCAACAAAUCUUGAUCAAGACUCAAAUGAUUACGAUAAUCUAGAACGUCUUUCUGGACCAAAGGCUGUGGAAAGCCACAAUGUUCAAGCAUUCAAUAAGUUGUGUUACUUGUUGUUAAACAAAUUGCCAAGUUUAAUGCACGUAUGGGAAACCGGCGGUUCACAACAUUUCACAGGCUUCGGAAACUUGACAUUCUUAAGUGUAUCCCACUGUGGCAGUUUGCGAUAUUUGUUCUUGUCAACUGUAGCCAAUCUCCUUAUCAGUUUAAAGGACUUAAAAGUUAGGAAUUGUGAGAAGAUUGAACAAGUUAUUGCAAAAGCAGACACUAAAUGUGCUGAUCAGGAAAUUACAUUUCCUCGACUGAAUUCCAUGACGCUUAAAGAUCUACCAAACCUCAUUUUUUUCUCUACUGAAGCUUAUACUUUGAAGUUGCCAUCUUUGAUGGAAUUGAAGGUUAAAAGAUGUCCAUAUUUAAGAACAUUUGCUUCUAAGGUUGUCAACACACAUUCUGUAAUCCAAGUACACAAAGAGUUGGGAAAGUCUGAGUGGAUGGGGGACCUCAAUAGCACUAUAGGGAACAUUCACGAAAAAAGGAGACCGAAUUCUAAUGAGAUAGUAGAGAUAUGA